AUGAGUUCCAAAGCCAGCAGCAGUGGUGACACUGCGUCCCCGCCAACCAAAACACCUCCUCACACGCUUAUUCGUGUUCGGAACAAUCAGCGUCGUCACCGGGAACGGCGACGGCAGUACAUCGCCCUUCUGGAGCAAAAGCUACAAGACAGCGAGCGCCACCUGGAUCAAGCACUAGCGGAGCUUGCCAUCUUGAAAAGCAAGCUUGCACAAUGUCAACCCAAUUCACACGAAAGCGGAAGACCUUGUCCUGUCACGCAGCCGACGAGCCUUAGAUCCGUUCUCGAGGCCGACCAACAAUACGACUUGAAUGACAACCAGCAAGCAGUCACGAUUGACAAUGCCCCGAACGACUCGGGGGCACAUAGUUGUUCAACAAUUGAUGAGAUCGCGGACGUAUCUCCGCCCGGUUUAGGCACCAUGAUGCCUCGGCCAUCGAUUCCAGAACCGCUAUUGUCGUCGUUGUCCUGCAGCCACUAUCCUCCAUCAGACGGACAGCCUACAACUGCCUGCGUUCAAGCCUACAUUGUGAUUUCGAACCUGAACUACCGCGGUUUGGACUCGGAAUCUAUCACAGCUUGGCUCAACCCUGGAUUCCGGCGAUCAGGUCUCCGAGAUGAGGGAUGUCAGGUUGAAAGUAAACUCUUGUUUGAACUAUUAGACUUCAUCAGCGACCCUUGA